AACGCCUCAGAGUCCCCGCCUCUCCUCUGUUUCCUCUUGUGUGUACUUUGUGUCUUUUGAGUGUCUGGGUGUUAACUGCCAAGUCGAACUCUCCAACAGCAAGUCCUUGGCCAGUCGAGGAGCUCUUUUGCUCUCCUCUCUCAAAGUGUCGGUACAGGUGGAUUCUGCAUCCGCACAGCCAGCAUGUCUCCCUCCACAUCCCCCCGAUUCUUCACCGAGAGGGAGGUGGCCCGCCACUGCUCUAAGGACUCCUGCUGGGUGCUAAUAGGCACCAGGGUGUACGACGUGACCGCUUUCUUGCGAAUGCACCCUGGAGGGGAAGCGCUUAUUCUUCGCCGUUCGGGGAAAGAUGUGAGCAGGGAGAUGGAAGGACCCCCGCAUCGACACUCUGAGAACGCCCGACGGUGGAUGGAACAGUACUACAUCGGAGAGCUGGACCGAGACAGUGACAACGACGAGCUCCAGACUGUCAGGGAAAGAAGAAAGGCCAGUCAGCAGACUGAAGAGAAAACACCAGUGGUUACACCCGAAGUAAAGGAGAAAGAGGAGGCUCCACGCAAUCGCUGCAGCACUGUGGACCUAGACAAGGAUUUGGUGGACUGGAGGAAGCCCCUGGCAUGGCAGGUAGGCCACCUUGGAGAGAAAUAUGAUGCCUGGGUUCACCAGCCAGUCGACCGGCCCAUCAGACUCUUUGGAAACCCCUUCAUGGAGGCCAGCACCAAGACUUCUUGGUACUGGGUACCAGUAGUGUGGCUUCCUAUUGUCUUUUAUUUUUGUUGGUAUUGCUACACCUCUUUGGCAAAGGGCACCACUAGGAUAGCCAUCACCUCAGACUUCUCUGUUAUGGUCCAUAAAUACACUUUCCCGCUGUUCUUCUUGUUGGGCUGGUUCUUGUGGUCUUUCAUCGAGUACUGCAUCCAUCGCUUUGUCUUUCACAUGAAACCACCAGCUCAUAACUACUACCUCAUCACGCUACACUUUCUCCUGCAUGGACAGCAUCACAAGUCUCCAUUUGAUGGCUCCAGGCUAGUCUUCCCCCCCGGCCUGGCCUCCUUAGUGGUUGGAACUUUCUACACAAUUCUCUGUAAUCUUCUGCCGGAGAUAAUUGCAGUAUCAGUGUUUACCGGGGGACUGUGCGGCUACGUGGUCUAUGAUAUGAUCCACUACUAUCUUCACUAUGGCUCUCCGAAGAAAGGCUCUUACAUGUACAGCUUGAAGGCCUACCAUGUCAAACACCACUUUGAACAUCAGAGAGCAGGUUUUGGAAUCACCUCCAUGUUCUGGGACCGCCCAUUCAACACAGUCAUCCCUGAUGAGAAGUUUGAAUCCUAAUGGUCUUCACUAGAGGACUGAUCAACCAACCUCCCAUUAAGCCUUAAAACAACCUGACACCUUGUCCAGCCUCUAGAGUCACACCUUUCUCAUCCAAAAUGGAGAUGAUGCCUCCAGCCUAUGCAGCGAAUCCAUCCUCAUGUUCGAUAUUAGUCUGUUUGCGCCACAUUCCUUCUUUACGUGUGUUAGCGUGCUUUCCUUUGCUGUUGCAAGACAUUUCUGUGCCAUUUUCCACAAACCCAAUCAUCAUCGGCCAUUGCUGCUCCCUUAACCACACUGACCUCCCCUGUUGACCUCCCCAUGGUUACUAGUCAGAUUGCCAUGACAUACUGCCGAGAUGUGAUAGACCAACAUACAGCACAUGCACACACUGACCCCUCCUCAACCGCUGUAAGAAAACCUCUAAGUUCACAUACUGUAACUAUAAAGAAGCACAGCGACCAUCGACAGAACACUUUUUCUUCUGAUUCUUAAUACUAUCUGAUCUUUGAAAUGAUGUCUAAAGUCCCUUGGCGCAGAAGAGAGGAAUAAGGAAGUGACGAAUGGUGCGUGAAAGUGGAAUAUAUGUAGUGAAGGAAAGGCUGGAUAGAGGGUAAUAAAUGUGAGAGACCCGGGAGUUUAAAAAGAAAAAAAAAAGCAACCUAACUCCCAGUCUAAGCAAAAGUCACUGUAGUUGUUGCUAGAAGAUUCAUCCAUCAUUUUUGAUUGGACUCAAGUGAAAUGAUUCAUUAUUAUAAAUGUUCUCCAUGAAGACACACUUUAUUUUGCUAUUCAUUUCCACCCUCUUCUCUUCUGCAAAGAUGUAAAAAUGUUUUGUAAGACGCUUUGUACAGCAGAUUUUUCAACAGCUCCAGUUGUCCACAUCAGCCUAGAGAUCUUACACGGUUUUCCACAAUGAUAGCAAACUAUGGAUGAUGUCAACACCCGUGCCAGAGAGACACUUGAAGGAAUGAAGUCAGCCUGUCAGGCUUCCUGCUGUGGGGACUUUGAGGUCAGAAGUCACAAAGACAUCCAACGUGACAACGGCUGUCUGUUUUUUUCCUGUUUUUUUAUACAUUCCUCGACUGCAUCUCCCUGGAGAAUGACGAUGGAAGACCAUCCGACUGUGCAGCAUGAAGUUUUGAUGAUAGCUGGCGGAUCCUGGCGGUUUCCUCUGAGCAUUACUGAUAACCAACGCAGAACAAACCAUGUAAACUUCAUGUAUUUUGACGAAAGAGCAUAUCCUUAAAUCAACUGUUGUAGUUUGCAGAACUUUACUCGCAUAUGACAUAAUAUAUGUAUACAAUAUGUAAAAUAACAUGCAAAUGAUGUUCACAUGCUCUGUACCAUUUUUGAAGGUGACCAUUUUCACUUGUUGCAAAAUAGCUUUUGCAGUGUCACUGAAACACACCAAUCUCGCCUUUGUUUGCACAGCGCCACAUUUUCUUCACGUAAUUUAUCACCAGUGAAGUUGUGUUCUUCAUCCUCGUUAUGAUAUUCAGUGCAUGAAGAAAGCCUUGGUGGAACUUCACAAACAUGUUGCUCUAAAAAGACUUUCAAAAUGAAUUAAGAACAGAAAGACGGUAUUCGUAUGUAACGUAUUGGAAUAAUAUGUAAACAAAUCGUUAUAUUUAUUCGAUCAACCAUCCAUCCAUCCAUUUUCUAUGCCGCCCCCCCCCCCCCCCCCCCCAUUUGAUUAACCCGAAAACUAAAACAUUCAGCUUGUUUCUUGUAUACUCUAUCACACGAUGUUAAAUAUUUCCUUAACGUGUUUACUCGGCACCUCAUACAUUUUAAGUUGCUGUUUUAAAUUUCUAUGCAAAUUGUAAAUAAAUGUCUAUAUUUCUGA